GUACGAUACCUAGGGAAAUACCCAGAGUAGAGAAUAGUAUAGUUUGUCUGCGGCACGAAUGGUGUCAAAAGGAUAUAAAUACAGGCCUCUUUAGCCUUGGUUUUAAAGAAUUGAAUAACAUUAUUUUAGAAUUAACUGAAGUUUAUAAUCAGAAAAUACAAUAUAUAGUUAAUCAAACCCCUAUUGACCAAGAUCCAGAUUGGAAAUUAGUAGAUCUUGAAGAAUUACGCAAAAUUGGAGAACAAUUAAAAUUAGUUUCUAAAAUUAGAGAUAAUUGUAUACAAGUUUUUAAAGAUUUAGAACUUCUUAAAAUAGUUGGAGGAUACCUAUUAAAUGAAGCCAGAACAUGGUAUGAAUUACAAGAAGCCAACAUGGGAACCCAAUUCCAAUCCUGGGCAAAUCCAAACAACCGAUGCUUCAAAACUCUUUUCCUUAGGCAAUUCAGAAACCAAGGAAAAAUUAUACAAUGGAGAUCAGAAUUAGAGAGACGAGUGCAGGGCCUCACUGAACCUGUUGAUAAAUAUGCUUUAGAAAUAAAGCGCUUAAUUAGAAGAAUUGAUUAUAAUAACCAUUGGACCGAAUCUGAUAAAGUAUAUCAAUUCACUAAAGGACUACGCAGAGAAAUUGCCUGUCAAUUAAAUCCUCAUUUAACCUUCCAAAACAACCUUACUCUUGAUCAAGUGAUUGAAGCAGCCCGACGCAUGGAAGAAAAUAAUAGAGUUUAUCCUGAAGCUCUAUUAGGAUUUCAACAACCCCAUAAUAAUAUUCCAGUUGCAAUGGCAUAUUCACACCAAAACCCAAAUCUAAUUUCUCAAAAUGAUCCUGUUGAGACUGCAAUAAAUAAAGCUUUAAAUCCUUUGAUCCAGGCUUUAGAAAAAUUAGCUUUAGGACAAGGAAACAAUAAUACAGAAAAUACAAACCAACCUCAACCAGUUACAUGUUAUAAAUGUAAUCAAAUAGGACAUUAUGCAAGAAAUUGUCCUAUCCCUGCAAAUCAAAAUAUGUAUGGAACCCAUUUGUUUGCACAGCAACAACCGCAACAAACAGUACAACCACAAGUUUACCAAAUGCAAAUGCCUCCAGCACAACAACAAAUACCUCAAGUGAACCAAUAUCAAAAUGUUCCUCCGGUAGUCUCUCAACAACCCCCUCAAAAUCAAAAUCAACAAGUUUUGAUAGGAUUACAUGAAACAGGAACAGUACCAUUGACUCAACAAGUUUAUCCUUCCCGACAUGCUGCUAAACCACAAAAUAAAAUAUUUGGUAGCAAUGAAGUUGAAAUGACAGAUGUGCUUAUUCCAGAACUUACAAAAGCUGAAGGUUCUAAGGAUAAUAAAGGAAAACGCAAAGUAGAAGGUGAACAAAAGGAAGGAAAGAAAGGAAGGCAAAAGCUAGCCUUUACUGAGAGACCCUUAUUGGAGCAGAAAACUAUGCCAUACUCAAUUGUUGAAGAUUUGCUACAUGUCAAAUCAAAUAUUACUAUAGGACAAUUAGCAAAUAUACCUAAAUUCAGAAAUGAAUUAAGGAAAGCCAUAACUCCAAGGCGAAAGAGAGAUCCUAAGAAAAAGGAAAAGAAGGAUGGAGAAGAAGCAAAUUUAGGAAGCACUUCCUACUCUAAUACCCCUAUGAUUUGUAAAGGACAAGUAGGAGGAUGGACCAUCGAUAUUAUCUUGGACAGUGGUUCAUCUACAAGUAUAAUCUCAAAGAAAUUCCUUGAACAUUUAAACAAAACUGCAACCCGUAAAUCAGAUAGAAUGAUCACUGGUAUACAUGGUAAUAAAAGGUCUAGCUUGGGAAUUAUUGACAAUAUUGCAGUUCACAUUGAUUCCCAAGUAACCAUUUCUGAUAAUCAUAGAAGAGCCCAAGUUUCUUGCAGGAAUUCCACUGCACCACCUCAACCAGAAAGUCCAGAUCAACACUUUUACAAGUUUACUCCUUGGGGAAUUGAAAUUGAUCAUGAAACCUUUACUUGGCAAGAAUAUGAUUAUAUGAAUCGACAAUUUAAUCCCUGGUUAGUUAACCAAAGAUACCGACAUCAAGUUAAACAUUGGUUUGAAGGACCUGAUAAGGAAUGUUGGUGCCAAAAACAAUUACCAACAGAAAAGGAUAAAUGUAAUAGUUGUUAUGAAGAUUAUUCUCGCUGGGAAACAAUCCAAAUAAUCCCUGUUCAAGAAAUUAAAAAUGCACAAUCCUUUUUAGUAAAAGGAGGUGCAGAAGAGUUAGCUCAAAAUGAAUAUAAUUAUAUUGUUCAAGAUAUAUUUGAAAAAUAUCCAAAUGUCAUAGCCAAAGAUUUAACUCAACUAGGCCGUACUAACAUAGUAACCCAUCACAUUGAUACUGGAAGUGCUAGAGAAAUAAAACAACACUAUUACAGAACUUCCCCCAAACAUGAGUCUUUUAUAAAGGAGGAAAUAGAGCGUCUCAAAGAGCAAGGACUUAUAGUACCUUCUCAUAGCCCCUGGACUUCUCCUGCACUUGUAGUUGGCAAGGCAAAUGGAAAAAUGAGACUUGUCAUAGAUUACCGUCAAUUAAACAAAGUAACAAAACCUGAUGCAUAUCCCCUUCCCAAAAUCUCCGAUAUGUUGGAUGCUCUUGCCCAUAGCAAAUACUUUUCAACUCUUGACCUAACUUCAGGUUUCUGGCAAGUAGCAAUGCAUGCUUUAUUGAUUAAAGCAGGUCUAAAGUUAAAUCCUGAUAAGUGUGAUUUCUUUAGAAAACAAAUACUUUUCCUUGGACAUUUGGUGUCUGAGGAAGGAAUCGAACCGAACCCAACCUUGGUUGAGAAAAUCAAGGAAUGCCCUCUCCCAAAUUCUAAGAGAAAAGUCAGAUCUUUUCUUGGACUUGCCUCCUAUUAUAGGAGAUUUAUAAAGGAUUUCUCCAAAAUUGCCAAACCUUUGUAUGAAUUAACCAAACAGAAUAUAAACUUCCGCUGGUCUGAAGAUUGUCAAAAGGCUUUUGAACAUUUGAGAACUUGUCUUACUACAAAACCCAUAGUUAUUUAUCCUGAUUUUUCAAAGCCAUUUAUUUUACAUACUGAUGCCUCUGAUUAUGCCAUUGGAGCUGUUCUAGCUCAGUUGGAUGAUAUAAAAAAGGAACAUGUUGUUGCAUAUGCUAGCAGAGUACUUAAUGAAGCUGAACGAAACUAUACUGUGACUGAAAAGGAAUGUCUUGCCAUUAUAUGGGCCACCAAGUACUUUCAUCAUUUUCUACAAGGACAAAAUUUCAGUAUUGUUACUGAUCAUGAAGCUAUUCCUUGGUUAAAGAAACACAAGCAACCUAAAGGAC